UCUGGCUUCUGAGUGAUUCAAAAAUCAAAUCAAACGAAGUUACCUUACCUUGGCCUUGUGGUGGUAACUCUGAUUAUCUGGUGUCUGGUGCAGUACGACAGUACGAAGAGAUCUACGAGUCCUAACCAACUGUGAGACUUGAACUUGACAAAUUAGUGUUUGAAUUCGGUGACGGCUUGGUUCCACUUCUACUUCUAGAUCUAGUGUUUCCCAACAACAUAAGGCGUUAAGUAGAUCUAAACAGGAGGAAACGCGCCAAUUUCAGUCAUGGAAAUCACUCCAGAGAACCUCAGUGCCAUGUCUGGGUACUUGCAGCAGACACUUUCACCUGAUGUCGAUAUCAGGCGUAAUGCUGAAAAGUCUCUUGAGUCUGUAGAAUGUAACAGAAAUUACCCAGUGCUGUUGCUGCAUUUGAUGGACAAACAAGACGCUGAUGCUCAUGUGAGAAUUUCUGCUGCUGUCACUUUCAAAAAUUAUGUGAAAAGAAAUUGGAGACAGGAUGAUGGGCUUGCUGAUAAAAUUCACAAAGAAGACAGAGAUGCUAUUAAGCAAUACAUUGUUGGUCUCAUGCUCAAAAGCCCUGAGCAAGUUCAGAAACAGUUGAGUGAUGCUAUCAGCAUAAUAGGUCGGGAAGAUUUUCCCAAGAAAUGGCCAGGGUUGCUGACAGAGAUGAUCAGUAAAUUUGAAACAGGAGACUUCAACGUCAUCAAUGGUGUGCUUCGGACAGCACACUCCAUUUUCAAAAGAUAUCGCCAUGAGUUCAAGUCACAAGAGCUCUGGGAAGAGAUCAAAUUUGUGCUUGAGAACUUUGCAUCAGCUCUGACAGAACUUUUCAAGGCCACCAUGGAUUUGGCCACAAAGCAUGCCACUGAUCCAAAUUCACUGAAAGUCAUUUUCAGUAGUAUUCUGCUCAUCUGCAAGAUCUUCUACAGUCUCAACUUUCAGGACCUGCCAGAGCACUUUGAGGACAACAUGAAGGUGUGGAUGGAACAUUUCCUCUCACUGCUGCAGGCAGACAACAAACUGCUACAGACAAAUGAUGAUGAGGCUGGCCUGCUUGAACAAAUCAAGUCCCAGGUUUGCGACAACGUAGCGCUGUAUGCUCAGAAGUACGAUGAGGAGUUUUCCCCACACCUUCAGGCGUUUGUCACUGCCAUCUGGGGACUGCUGGUCACCACGGGACAGGAAGUCAAGUAUGAUCUGCUCGUCAGCAAUGCUAUUCAGUUUUUGGCAUCUGUGGCAGAGCGGCCCGCCUACAAAGUCCUCUUCGAUAACACAGAAACUCUGGCCAAUAUCUGUGAAAAAGUUGUGGUACCAAAUAUUCAGUUGAGGGAGGCAGAUGUGGAACUUUUUGAGGAUAACCCUGAGGAGUACAUGCGGAGAGACAUUGAAGGCUCUGAUGUGGACACAAGGCGGAGAGCAGCUUGCGACUUGGUACAGGCUUUGUCCAAAUCAUUUGAAGGAUUAGUCAUUCAGAACUUUUCUCGCUACGUCCAGGCUUUGUUGGAGGAAUAUGUCAAGAAUCCAACUCAAAACUGGAAAAGCAAAGAUGCUGCCAUCUUUCUGGUGACUUCUUUAGCUGCGAAGGGUCAGACUCAAAAGCAAGGGGUGACUCAGACGAGCGAGCUUGUGAAUAUCACAGAAUUCUACCAAACUCACAUCUUGGCAGAUCUCAAGUCCACUGCUGAGGGUGUGCCCAUUAUCAAGGCAGAUGUCAUCAAGUACCUCAUGGUGUUUAGAAAUCAGCUUCCUGCCUGUGUGGUCCAAGCUGCGAUUCCUGACCUCAUCGUGUGUCUGAAGGCAGAACCAGUUGUGGUACACACGUAUGCUGCGCACGCCAUAGAGAGGCUCUUCAUGGUGCGACAGAAUGGGGUGGCUGCCAUCACAAGUGAAUUGAUUCAGCCCAUUGCUGGGGAUCUGUUGACAAAUCUAUUUGGUGCCAUGGAACGGCCUGGCUCUACUGAGAAUGAAUAUAUCAUGAAAGCUGUGAUGAGGACAAUGUCACUUCUCCAGGAUCAGAUCCAUCCCAUGAUUCCCCAGCUGCUGACUGGUUUGAAAGCCAAAUUGGCGCUGGUCAGCAAGAACCCGAGCAAGCCUCAUUUCAACCACUAUCUAUUUGAAUGUUUGUGUGUGGCAAUCAAAACCUCCUGUAAGAAACAUCCGGAAUCUGUGGAGUCGUUUGAAGAUGCCUUGUUCCAGCCGUUCACAGAGAUUUUGCAGCAGGAUGUUCAGGAGUUCAUUCCGUACGUGUUUCAAAUCUUGUCAAUGUUGAUGGAGCAGCAUACCGGAACAGUUCCAGAGACCUACAUGACCAUGUUCCCGUUUUUGUUGACUCCUCUGUUGUGGGAGCGACCUGGCAACAUCCCUCCUUUGGUGCGACUGCUUCAGGCCUUUAUUCACAAGGGAGCCAACCAGAUUGAAGCAGAUAAACUGAAUGGCCUGUUGGGUAUCUUCCAAAAGCUGAUUGCAUCCAAAACCCAUGACCAUGAAGGAUUUUAUCUGCUGAACUACAUCAUUGAAUUCAUGCCCAGGAAUAUUGUGUCUCAGUAUCUGAAACAGAUUUUUGUGCUACUGUUUCAACGACUGAGCAACUCCAAAACAACCAAGUACAUCAAGAGCUUGCUGGUGUUCUUCAGCCUCUAUGCCAUCAAGUUCAGUGCAACUUCUCUCAUAGAAACAGUUGACGGGAUCCAGCCCAAAAUGUUUGGAAUGGUGGUAGAGCGUCUGUACCUGCAGGAUCUUCAGAAAGUCUCCGGCCAAACCUCUAAAAGGAUCUGUGCGUACGGAGUAGCUAAUAUUCUCACGGAAGCCCCGGCUAUGGUACAAGGGGACUAUGCUGCUCUCUGGCCCCGUCUGCUCCAAGCCUUGAUUGGUCUGUUUGAGCUGCCAGAAGACGAGUCUGUCCCCGACGAUGAGCACUUUAUUGAGGUCGAGGACACACCAGGCUAUCAAGCGGCUUAUUCUCAGCUGGCAUUUGCUGGCAAAGCUGAGCAUGACCCCCUUAAGGGUUUUGGUGAAGACCCCAAGCUCAACUUAGUCAAGCAUUUGGAGAAGUUGUCAACGGGUUAUCCUGGUGUGAUUCAGCCACUGAUAUCUUCAGGCAUGGACAAAGAGGCACAGGGAUUUCUUCAGCAGUACUUUCAGACUGCCCAGGUUCAGAUCAACUGAAAAAAAUGGGCUCACCCUAUCUGUGCAUUGAUUCAUCACAAACCAGCGGUGUUGCCUUUCCCCAUGAAUUUCUGGAACUGCAGAAAAGUCUAAAGUUUUGUCUUUUUCUGUUGCAGAUGUAUGGCCUUCUUUCUACAAAACAUGUCAGUGUGUUUUUCAUUCCCUGACAUUCCAGUAAGUUCCAGAAAUCUCGCAUCUAGGUAGCACCCCUGGUCAACGGCUCACACCCGGCUACACACGCACACACACACAAACACAUGAAGUUUGUCCUAGAAGUCAGUGGUGACGGGUCCUUAGUUUCUUAUUGCUCAGAGGACAAAUUAGAUUGUCCGCCUGUUGUGGCCCCAGACUUUGCCGUUAGUGGGUGGAUGGCGGGUGCUCUGAUAUGGUUUGCUUCUUCUUUCCUAUCAAACAUCUAUCGUUCUUUUCUCCCC